AUGUUAAAAACAAUUCGAAAAACAAGACUCAUGUAUUCAAUAUUUUGUUUUCUAUCAUUUUUUUGUUUCACAAUUCUAACUAUUAUUAGCUGGAAAUAUUUAAUUCUACAAAAUGAAAACAUAAAAUUGCUAAUUUCAAAUGUUGUAAAUGUUGCGAAAAAUCAAAUUAAUAUACUAUACUACUCAAGCUUUAGUAAUAACAAAACAAAAUCGAUUUCUUCAACAUCAAUAAAGACUUUACUAUUACAAAUUAAUAAACAUACUUUGAAUUUUACAGAUUCAAAAUUUAAUAAUCAUAAUACGACAUUAGAAACAACUAUUCAAUGUGUUGGCUCAUUAAAUAAUCGAUCUUGUUUGUACCAUAAUUUAUAUUAUGUCGAUGGUUCAUUUAUGGUUUUAGCAGUAAAAGGAAAACGUUUGCCUUUAUAUUCUGUACGGACAGAUGCCUUUGUACGAACGCCUACAACACCUAGAAAACUUGUUUUUGAUUCAUACUCUCAUCUUGAAAAAUUUAUUCGUAUUUCUAUUCGUCCAAGGAUAUUUUCAUCAGUCACUCUUUAUUUUAGUCAACUUUGGCAUUAUAAUAUUGGUCAUGCCAUUUUUGAUGGACUUUAUCCAGCAUAUGUUGCACUUAUUCGUUUUUCUCCAAAACAUCUUCAUCCUUUUCGAAUACUCGCUGGAUUAAAUGACUGCAAUAAUUGUUGGAGUGAAGAUGUUUAUAGCCGUUUUGGUGGUCUUGAAAUUCUUAAGCGAAGUGUUCUAAAUAAAAUGCCAAGAGAAAAAUGGUUUAUGUUUGAAGAACUUGUUAUGGGCAGUGGAACUUUGUGUCAACGUUGUACACAACCUAAUUUACAAUUACCUGGUGGCGUUGAAUUAGAUGCGUCAAGACUUUUUCGUGAUAGAAUGUAUCAACAACAUGGUCUUGUUCAACCCAUUGUUCGACAAAAUUCGUCAUCUGAAAAACGAACAUCUCAUGAUGUUCUUCAUGCAUAUAUUAUUCAUAAUAAACGUUUUACACGUAAUGAUCGAAAAGAAAUUGAUGCUGCUAUAAAUGAAAUAAAUAAUUACACGAAUUCAUAUUUGAAUAAAACAGCUAAAUUACAAUGGGCAUUAGUUCAGGUUUCUUAUCUCUUCUAUGAUCAAGUGAGAGCUCAAAACUGUAGUUCCAUUGAAAUAAAUGCAACAGCAAGUGGUUCUCGAUCAUCAACGCAUGAAUUAUUUGAAAAUAAAUUCAUAGCGCAAUUAAAAAUUUUGCGUCAAAUGGAUAUUCAUAUCACCGGACCAGGUACUGGACAAAUGUAUCAAACAUUUUUAUCAGAUGGAUCUGUAACUAUCAAUCUUGGAGGUAUAAGACCACCAGGAUUAGAAAAUACAGAAAAAGCAUAUACUUCAUAUUUGGAACAAUAUAUGACAAGUGGGACACCUUAUAUUAAAGGUCUUUAUUAUCCAAUUAAUGAAAGAACUAAAGGUAUUAAAAAAGAUGAAGUAAUUAAAUUAAUUCGACAAGCAUCACAGCUUAUUUUACAAGGUUUUUCAUUACCAGUUAAUGCUCGAGACAAUCUAGCGCCUGAUGGAAAAUUAUUUGUUGAACUGUGUGAAAAAGAUAAAAAAUUUUGUUCUUUAGUUACGACAAGAGUACCGAAUACAGAUUUUGAUUGUAUACAUUUAUGGGCAGAAGAUAUUAUACAUGAACAUCGUCAAUGGCAAUUAGAAGGCUUUAUUAUUAAUCGCCGAAAAGUUAUUUGUCCUUUUAAUCAUUCAUUACUACAUCAACUAAGAGAAAAAUAUGGAAUUAAACACAACCAGUCCAACCAUUGA